AUGGCUGGAACUACUACUGUACACGAGGACGAGGGUGCAUCGCCGAAAGAACUUCUCCUCGAAGCUGCCCGCCGGAACAACGUGGACCUUCUUGAGGAAGUCCUCGGAAAUAAAAAAGUGGAUGCUGAUUUCCUCAAUCACUCUACCGAUGGGGUUGGAAAUACCGCCCUGCACAUGGCUGCGCAGCACGGAUCCUUGGAAGUACUAGACCAUCUUCUCGACCAAGAGGGCCUCGAGGUAGACCCCAUAAACCGCAUGGAACAAGAGACCCCACUCCACAAGGCGGUGCAGUAUGCGAACAAGGAAAAGGAGCACGGCGUGGAGGUUGUGGAGAUGUUGAUUGAUGCUGGUGCCGAUCCCAGGAUACGAAACAAACAAAAGCAACGACCAAUAGACAUUGUGGAUCCCCGAGACACAAAGCUCAGGGCCAUCCUACAGAGGGCAGAAUACGCUAUGACUGUCGGGAACGAUGUUGUAGAUGAUGACGAUAACGACGGCCCGGCAUCAGACUCGGACUAA